AUGUUGGCAGAUCGUUGUGCUGUUACUCUAAUUGUGUGUUCAAUUGUUUUUAUUUAUGCAGUUUAUUAUAUUGUUGGAUUACAACGUAAAAAAAUUCAAUCAUCUAUUAUAAAUAUUGCAUCUAGAUUAAUACCAACAUCAUUUUAUAAGCAAUUAUCAGAUAAUCACCUACUCUUCAUCCAACAAACACAAGCAAAUCUAAACACUUCAAACUCAACAAAAAAGACUAAUCAUACUGUUGGUUUCCAAUCAACGAAUAUAUUACACAAUCUCACAAUAAAUAAUUCAAGUCUCAAUAUAACAUUUAAUCUUGCUACUACUACUACUACUACAAUUCAAACAACAACUUUACCAACAAUAUUAAUCCCAUUUUUAAAUGCAUCAUUUUAUUUAUCUUUUAAUUUUACUAAACCAUCUUUAAAUAUUUAUAAGUCUCUACCAAUUUGUAAUUUUUCUAUAUCAAAUAAUGAUAAAUCAAUAUAUAAAGUAACUAUACCUCAAACACUUUAUUCAUAUGAUAUUAUUGAAAAACAUUCCGGCAAAGAUUUAUAUCCAGGUGGACAUUACAUUCCAAAAGGAUGCCGAACAGAACAACGUUUAGCUCUUAUUCUAUGUUAUCGAAAUCGUGAACAACAUUUAAAAAUGUUUCUUAAUAAUCUUCAUCCAUUUUUACAAAAACAAAAACUUGAUUAUACAAUCAUUGUUGUUAAUCAGUAUGGAAAUGAUCAAUUCAAUCGUGCUGCUUUAUUUAAUGUUGGUUAUUUAGAAGCAAUGAAAUUAUAUCAAUAUGAUUGUUUUAUUUUUCAUGAUGUUGAUCUUUUACCAGAAGAUUUAAGAAAUAUUUAUAAAUGUGAAAAUCAACCAAGACAUAUGGCUGUAGCUAUGGAUAAAUUUAAUCAUGCUUUACCUUAUUCAAACUUCUUUGGUGGUGCAACAGCAUUUCGUCCAUCAGAUAUUCUUGGUACAAAUGGUCAUCCAACAGUUUAUUGGGGAUGGGGUUGUGAAGAUGAUGAUAUGUAUUUACGUGUUGUUAAAAAAUUAAAAAAAUCAAUAAUACGUUAUCCAAAUGAAAUAGCUCGUUAUAAAAUGAUUCGUACACAUGGUCAUGUAGCUGCUAAAUUAAAUCCGCAUCGUGCUACAAUAUUACAUUCAAAAUAUAAUUAUAAUCUUGAUGGUAUAAAUACAACAAAUUAUAUAUUACAUAAUAUAGUUUUUUAUAAAUUAUUUACAUUAAUUAAUGUAACAUUACCUGAAGAAUCAUUCGAACAUAUUCGUAAACGUUUACAUAUAAAAAAAAAAAAAUAA